AUGUGCGAAACUUUAAAACCCAACUGCGACUGGAAUCCUGCGCCAGAGUAAGUAGCAACACCUAAGCUCAUCUUGAACUCUUGCACUGCAAACCCAGAGGCCGAUUUACGUUCUCUGCGACUCUUUUUGUACCCAAGGCUCAGAUACUGCCACUACUACUACCAUCAUCACCACCACUACCACCAUCAUCGCGCCACCACCACCGCCAACACCACUACCACCUCCGCCACCACCACCACCACCACCACCGCCGCCACUACCACCACCACCAUCAUCAUCAUCACCACCGCCACCACUACCACCACCAUCAUCAUCAUCACCGCCGCCACCACCACCACCACCACUAAGAUAGUACUGCCGGGCGCACGAGGCGUGACAACUUCUGUGAACCCCAGACUACCACCGCCACCACCUUUUCCUCCUAAGAGUGCCUCGGUACACCUGUCGUAA